AACACAUCUGCCAGCACCUGCGUGUCAAGAGGAGAAGCAGCCAGUGUGAUGGAUGUUCUCCUCAUGAUCUGCCAUCACCAAAUCACCAUCUUCAGUGAUGCCGAGGAACCAAGUACCAUGCUCAAACCGAAGCGCAACAUCCAGGGCAUCUUCAAGCAGCUGCCCGAUGAGCAACAGCUGUGCAAGGCCAACCAGCUUCUGGAUGCCUACAAGACGCUGGGAGAAUGUGGCUUUACCAGCCAGAGAGCAUGGCCACAGGUUCCAGCCACAGUGGGACUGGCCUUCCGGGCAGAUGGUGCUUUUGGAGCUCAGCACGUUGAGCCCUUCUCCAGCCCUCCGGAGCUGCAAGACUCAGAGAGCAGUACCCAUGAACAAGCUGCACCGUGAGGGCCCCAGGCCCACCCCCAUAGAGGCACAUUCACCCAGUUAGGGAUCUGGGCGUCUGCCUGGUUGCUGCCUCUUUCUCCCCCACCCUCCUCCAGACUCCAGGAGCUACC